AGUCACGGGACUACACGUGACAGCCGGAAAGGACGAGGCGGAGCUCGUAGUGACAGAAAGAUGGCAGCAGAGAGGGAGCCGCCUCCGCUGGGAGAUGGGAGACAAACCGAUUUCGAGGAGCUGGAGGACGGCGAGGACCUCUUCACCAGUACCGUGUCCACCAUGGAGUCCAGCCCAUCCUCUCCUGAGCCUGCCAGUCUCCCUACAGAAGAUAUCAGUACAGAUUCCAACGGCCCCAAACAAACAGAAGUUAUUUUAACUGAUGACCGUGAAGAUCUUUUUGCUGAAGCUACAGAAGAAGUUUCCCUGGAUAGUCCAGAAAGGGACCUCAUUCUUUCCUCAGAGCCCAGUCCCGCCAUCACUCCUGUAACACCCACAUCACUCAUUACCCCACGGAUGGAAGCUAUCAGUAUUUCCGCUCCUGUUAUUUAUGACCGUUCUAGGGAUGAGAUUGAAGAGGAAGCAAAUGGAGAUUUCUUUGAUAUAGAAAUAGGUGUCUCAGACCCUGAGAAAGUUGGUGAUGGGAUGAAUGCUUACAUGGCCUAUAAAGUAACAACAAAGACAUCUCUCUCUCUAUUUAACAAGAACGAGUUCUCUGUGAAGAGAAGGUUUAGUGAUUUCCUUGGACUCCAUAGUAAAUUAGCAACAAAAUACAUGCACUUUGGAUAUAUUGUGCCUCCAGCUCCAGAGAAAAGUAUUGUAGGCAUGACUAAAGUUAAAGUGGGAAAGGAAGACUCCUCAUCCAAUGAAUUUGUUGAAAAAAGAAGAGCUGCUUUGGAAAGAUAUCUUCAACGAACUGUUAAGCACCCUGCACUUUUGCAAGAUCCAGAUCUUAGACAGUUCUUGGAAAGCUCAGAGCUGCCGCGAGCGGUUAGCACCCAGGCGUUGAGUGGAGCAGGAUUAUUGAGGAUGGUAAACAAGGCUGCAGACGCUGUCAACAAAAUGACAAUCAAGAUGAAUGAAUCGGAUGCAUGGUUUGAAGAAAAGCAGCAGCAAUUUGAGAAUCUAGAUCAACAACUUAGGAAACUGCACGCCAAUGUAGAAGCCUUGGUCUGCCACCGUAAAGAGUUGUCAGCCAACACAGCUGCUUUUGCAAAGAGUGCUGCUAUGCUUGGCAAUUCCGAGGAUCACACUGCACUGUCCCGAGCUUUAUCACAGCUGGCAGAAGUAGAAGAAAAGAUAGACCAGUUACAUCAGGAGCAAGCAUUUGCCGACUUCUAUGUGUUUUCAGAACUCCUCAGUGACUACAUCCGACUCAUUGCUGCUGUAAAAGGUGUGUUUGAUCAACGAAUAAAGUGUUGGCAAAAAUGGCAAGAUACCCAGAUUAACCUGCAGAAGAAGCGGGAGGCGGAGGCCAAGCUCCAGAUUGCUAACAAACCAGACAAACUUCAGCAAGCAAAAGAUGAAAUCCGAGAGUUGGAAGAAAAAGUUCAACAAGGAGAACGAGAUUUUGAACAGAUCUCCAAAACUAUUCGCAAGGAAGUAGGAAGAUUUGAGAAAGAACGUGUGAAAGACUUUAAAACUGUUAUUAUCAAGUAUUUAGAAUCAUUAGUACAAACACAACAACAGCUUAUAAAAUAUUGGGAAGCAUUUCUACCUGAAGCCAAAGCUAUAGCCUAGAAUGAAGACUAUUCCACAUUCAGAUCAUCAAUUGACAUUCACCGCAUUCCACAAUAAAAUUGUGUUUCAAAUCAAAGAAAAUAUCAAGAUAAACCACUCUAUAUUUUAUUAACAUGUGGCUUCUUUUUAUAUACUAUUGCUUUUUAAUAAGAGUGCUGCAUGUCCUGACCCAUUCCAAUGGACUGUGGCAUGAUAUUCUGCAAUAUUUUGCUGAAUUGAACACUAAUGUGUCUUAAUAUUUUGCAUUUAUCAAGUGCAGAUGAAAGCAAGAAAAGUUUUUAUUUUGAAGUAUUUUCUUUGAAAAAUCAGUUCCGUCAAAUGAUAUUUACCUUAUCUUUAUGAAGCAAAUUCUUGUUGCAUUUAUAAGUGUUCACUUACACAUUCCUGUACAGAUAUUAUGAUUUUGUGAUUAUUAUAAUAAAGGUAUAUUCCUUGUGAAA